GCGCGGCCGGUGGGGGUUGCAUCUCCGCGACCAGGAAACGGGAAAGAUGGCGACGGUUCCGCGACGUUGAGGCCGCGUUGGGCGGUUCAGACUCAGGGUGAUGGCAGGAGAGCUGGCUGACAAAAAGGACCGGGAUGCAUCACCUUCCAAGGAGGAAAGGAAGCGAUCACGGACACCUGACAGAGAGCGGGAUAGAGACCGGGACCGGAAGACUUCCCCAUCUAAAGACAGGAAGCGGCAUCGUUCAAGGGAUAGACGUCGAGGAGGCAGCCGUUCUCGCUCUCGUUCCCGUUCCAAAUCUACAGAAAGAGAACGACGGCACAAAGAACGAGAACGAGAUAAGGAGCGGGAUCGGAAUAAAAAGGACCGAGAUCGAGACAAGGAUGGGCACAGACGGGACAAGGACCGUAAACGAUCCAGCUUAUCUCCUGGCCGAGGAAAGGACUUUAAAUCUCGGAAGGACAGAGACUCUAAGAAGGAUGAAGAGGAUGAACAUGGUGAUAAGAAGCCUAAGGCCCAGCCAUUAUCCCUGGAGGAACUUCUGGCCAAGAAAAAGGCUGAGGAAGAAGCUGAGGCUAAGCCCAAGUUCCUCUCCAAAGCAGAACGAGAGGCUGAGGCCCUAAAGCGACGGCAGCAGGAGGUGGAGGAGCGGCAGAAGAUGCUUGAAGAAGAGAGGAAGAAAAGGAAACAGUUCCAAGACUUGGGCAGGAAGAUGUUGGAAGAUCCUCAGGAACGGGAACGUCGGGAACGCAGGGAGAGGAUGGAGCGGGAGACCAAUGGAAAUGAGGAUGAGGAAGGGCGGCAGAAGAUCCGGGAAGAGAAGGAUAAGAGCAAGGAACUGCAUGCCAUUAAGGAGCGUUACCUGGGUGGCAUCAAAAAGCGGCGCCGAACGAGACAUCUCAAUGACCGAAAGUUUGUUUUUGAGUGGGAUGCAUCCGAAGACACAUCCAUUGACUACAAUCCCCUGUACAAAGAACGGCACCAGGUGCAGUUACUGGGGCGAGGCUUCAUUGCAGGCAUUGACCUCAAGCAGCAGAAACGAGAGCAGUCACGUUUCUAUGGAGACCUAAUGGAGAAGAGACGAACCCUGGAAGAAAAGGAGCAGGAGGAGGCAAGACUCCGAAAACUUCGUAAGAAGGAAGCCAAGCAGCGCUGGGAUGAUCGUCAUUGGUCUCAGAAAAAGUUAGAUGAGAUGACGGACAGGGACUGGCGGAUCUUCCGUGAGGACUACAGCAUCACCACCAAAGGCGGCAAGAUCCCCAAUCCCAUCCGGUCUUGGAAAGACUCUUCUCUUCCCCCACACAUUUUGGAGGUCAUUGAUAAGUGUGGCUAUAAGGAACCAACACCUAUCCAGCGUCAGGCAAUUCCCAUUGGGCUACAGAAUCGUGACAUCAUUGGUGUGGCUGAGACUGGCAGCGGCAAGACAGCAGCCUUCCUCAUCCCACUGCUGGUCUGGAUCACCACACUUCCCAAAAUUGACAGGAUCGAAGAGUCAGACCAAGGCCCUUAUGCCAUCAUCCUGGCUCCCACCCGUGAGUUGGCUCAACAGAUUGAGGAAGAGACCAUUAAAUUUGGGAAGCCGCUAGGCAUCCGCACUGUGGCUGUCAUUGGUGGCAUCUCCAGAGAAGACCAGGGCUUCAGGCUGCGCAUGGGUUGUGAGAUUGUGAUCGCUACCCCUGGGCGUUUGAUUGAUGUGCUGGAGAACCGCUACCUGGUGCUAAGCCGCUGUACCUAUGUGGUUCUGGAUGAGGCAGAUAGGAUGAUUGACAUGGGCUUUGAGCCAGAUGUCCAGAAGAUCCUGGAGCACAUGCCUGUCAGCAACCAGAAGCCAGACACGGAUGAGGCUGAGGACCCUGAGAAGAUGCUGGCCAACUUUGAGUCAGGAAAACAUAAGUACCGCCAAACAGUAAUGUUCACGGCUACCAUGCCCCCAGCGGUGGAGCGUCUGGCCAGGAGCUAUCUUCGACGACCUGCUGUGGUGUACAUUGGUUCCGCAGGCAAGCCCCAUGAGCGUGUGGAACAGAAGGUCUUCCUCAUGUCAGAGUCAGAAAAGAGGAAAAAGCUGCUGGCAAUCUUGGAGCAAGGCUUUGACCCACCCAUCAUUAUUUUUGUCAACCAGAAGAAGGGCUGCGACGUGUUGGCCAAAUCCCUGGAGAAGAUGGGGGUGUGUCUGGCAGGGGAGAACAAAGUCUGGCCUCUGUGUACAAUGCUUGCACACUGCAUGGUGGAAAAGGCCAGGAGCAGCGAGAAUUUGCAUUGUCCAACCUCAAGGCUGGGGCCAAGGAUAUUUUGGUGGCUACAGAUGUGGCUGGUCGUGGUAUUGAUAUCCAAGAUGUGUCUAUGGUUGUCAACUAUGAUAUGGCCAAAAAUAUUGAAGAUUACAUCCACCGCAUUGGCCGCACGGGACGAGCAGGCAAGAGUGGGGUGGCCAUCACCUUCCUCACAAAAGAGGACUCUGCUGUGUUCUACGAGUUGAAGCAAGCCAUCCUGGAAAGCCCAGUGUCUUCCUGUCCCCCUGAGCUAGCCAACCAUCCAGAUGCCCAGCAUAAGCCAGGCACCAUCCUCACCAAGAAGCGCCGUGAAGAGACCAUAUUUGCCUGACACAGCACUCUUCCCGUGGGCUGAGGGCAUCUCCGAAGCUGCCUCUUGCCUCUUCAGAACCCUCACAUCCCUCUUCCCAGGUCCUCACGCUUGGGUUAUGGGGGCUUAAGAAAACAAUCAGAUUUCCUAGCCCAGACCCUCAGGUCAGGAGGCCUGCGUGUGGGGCUGCAAAAGGAGAGGAUGACGCUGUCGGAGGUAGGGAGAACAAAUUACUGCAGCUUUUUGGCCCACCUCUGCCCUUCUUUGCUUUGGGAUUGCAGUGGGCCAUCACCUCAUGCCAGGAUAUGGGGGCAGCCAGCCGGCAUUGCUCCCCAGACUGAACAGAAUCCUGGCUGCCUGAGCGACCUCCUUUGGCACAGACUUGACUGUGUAACGAUAUAAACUGUGGCAGCAUUGUUGCCCUAGAUGCCCCAGGAGACCUGGCACCAUGAGGAUUAUGGACAGUGGAAUCUUACUGUCAUCUGGACAGCUAUUUUCCCAUUUGGAUUGUAAAGCAAGUUGAGAGCCUUUAGACCUGUGCACAGCCAUGCACCAAGGGGUGCUAUGUGCUCUGGGCAUCCCCCCCCAGGGUAUUUUCUAAGUAGAUGGGGGACAGGGUGAACUGGCUGUGUCCAGCUUUGUCACUGAGUGAAAUCUCUGUUUUCUAUUCUCUGAGAAGAUAAGUUUGUAUGUUCUGAGAAUAAAUACAUGAAUAUUAAGGCUU